AACAAAGAUUGUCCGUUUAUCUUAUCUCACAGCAAACACCGUCGAUUAUCUCGACUCUGUCAACAAAGCCGUGGAAAGAAAGCACAGAGGGGAUUAUGGCUACGUGGAUGCGCUGAAGGAGUGUGCGAAUGGAAAUAGGGUUCUAUAUCCUUGAUCUUUGCUGUCUCUCCUCAUAGCAGUCGACUGGCACGCGUCUUUGAGGGUAAGAAUGGAGUCUCCAGGAGGAGGAGGAGGAGGAGGAGGAGGAGGAGGUGUCUCAUUACUGGCUUUGGCUGAGGAUGGAGAAUGCGUUGUUCAGUUGAGCGGGAAAGAUCUCAUCUAUCAUUCGGACGUGGCGUCGCCAGAAUUACGAGGCGUCCAAUUUGUCCGGGGCAAAGAAAAUUUACAAGGUUCAAUGAAGCAUCUGAAGUUCUCGCGGUACUGUCAGGGGAACGUCUCAGACCGGCGGGUUCUUUGCUCCAGUGAAAGCCGCAUUUCUGUAUGGCAGCUGAAUCCGCUGCAAUUAUACGCCGACAUCGAGGGCAUCGAAUCCGGGACAUUGAACAUCGACUUUGGCAGCGAUGAGAACGAGGUCAUUGUCUUUCACCCAUGGAAUACUAAGCUGGCCAUCCAUUCUCUUGACUCCGGUCGCAGUCAGGUCAUCAAGUCUCCGAAAUUCUCUCACCCCAACGGGUUUGGGUAUCGCUCGAAAACGAGACAGUUGGCAAUCCUGCUGAAACCAGAAGCCAGCGACCUGUUGACCAUCCACGAAUUCCAGUCCUACGAGCUCAUCAACCGAGCAGUGCUGCCUACGGUAGACGCUCAAGGUCUCAAAUGGAGCCCAGAUGGAACAUGGAUUGCUGUCUGGGAAACGGCAAGCGCAGGAACCAAGGUUGUUAUCUAUACUGCCGAUGGGCAGCUAUAUCGAACAUAUACUGGACCCCCUGGGGAAGAUAGCACGUUCGACCUUGGCGUGAAAGCUAUUGAGUGGGCGCCCGCAGAUAGUCGAACUGGUAGCUCAGAGCUUCUGGCCGUGGCGAAAGUGGACGGCAAUAUUGAUAUUCUUACAAGCGGAACGUUCUCCUGUUCGGUUUCACUAUCGCACGUCUACCGACUAGACCAGAACUUCCCCGCCAUCUGGCGCGAAAAUGCCACGGCAGCAGACGGUACCCUGAAUUACAUCGAGUCAUCUGGAUCUGCAGCAUUCAGCGCUAUAGGAGAGCCAACGGCUCCGCCACGCGGUGUAUCCACACUCACCUUCAGUCCCGACGGUCGACUUCUCGCAAGUGUCGACCAACAGCGACCGAAUAUCGUCUGGCUAUGGUCAUUUGAGAUAGCCCCGAGACUGGUCACAGCUUUUGUCCACGACAGCCCCGUCAGGCAGGCUGCAUGGCAUCCUUGGAAACCAGAGCUUCUCAUAACUACUGCAAACAGUGCACUCCCUGUCGUCCGUCAUUGGAUUCCCGGCAGUGACCCGGCCAUUAUACAUGUCCCGGUGAAACGGAAUGACACUGGCAGGUAUGAUGUACGAUGGCUGGCUUCGCAUGAACACAAACAAAGCACAUUCUGGGUUGGGUCUUCUGAUGAGCUCGUACUUGGACAUCUAUCCACCGAGGGAGAUAUUCGCUCUUUUCAUUCGAUCUACACGGUGAUGGGCAAAUCACAGGCGGGAAGCUCUAUUGCGAGCGUGAACAGGUAAACUCGGUCUACAAUCUUUGGAUCACGUUAUGUGUUGUCCACAGAUGGCCUCUUCACAGGAUUCCUCGGUUGCGAGCCUUAGGGGAAAAGCCAUGCUUGAUAUUAAGCAUCGUCUUCCAUGCUAUUACCGGCGGGGAGCUUCGUCAGACGGCGCAAUAAGUUGAAGGCAAAGGUCAUUUCCACCCCCUUUCCACGGAGCGGUUGCACAUCCCUAUUUCCUUACAAAGGCAUCUCCGACUUGCUACUAGCAGGGGAAUCGAUCUGCAUUGUGUUUCAGGUCAAUGGGUGCCAAGUACGUACAGCGGUAGUAUUGGCAACGAGGUUUUGACAUCGUUUUUGGUUCAAAUUCUCGGCUAGUGAAAUGGGAUGACAUCUCAACACAGUGAACAUGUUUCCGCCAUGGAACAUAUUGAUCCAGCUACAACCAGGCUAUCCUUGAUCUCCCAUCCUGAUUGACGCUUCACCUGUUUCUC